GAACACACCACAGCUGUUUGACUUUGUGCCUGCUUGGACAGAGGAUGUACGUGCUGCUCCUUGUCCAUGGACUCUUGUCCUGGGAGUCCCUUCUGUGGACCGUCCAUGCUUGUCCAUCUUUCUGUGCCUGUGACUCUGGGACACGUGGACCAGACGAACCCAGGUUGGUGCACUGCAGUGAUCCCAGAAUCUCGGCUGUUCCCGUUCACGUCCCAGCUGACGCAUUCAAACUGAGGCUGGAGAAGACUGCGAUCUCUCGGAUUCCGCGGGCAGCCUUCUACAACCUGUCGCAGUUGAAGUUUUUAUGGUUGACCUACAACUCCAUCACAUCCAUUCACCCCAGCAGCUUCGUCAACUUGAAAGCCCUGCGAGAACUGCGUCUGGACGGGAACCUCCUGAGCACCUUCCCCUGGGAGGGGCUUAGGGAUAUGCCCCGCCUCCAGACCCUAGGCCUUCACAACAACCGCCUGUCCAGUUUACCUGCCCACGCCGCUCUGUUCCUGUCCAACAUCACCUACCUGGAUGUGUCCAGUAACAGGUUGACCAUAUUGCCUGCUGAGUUGCUGGACCUUUGGUUUCCUCUCCCAGGACAACAGGAAAGUUCAAUACAAAGAAGAAUAUUAGGUCUCCAUGACAACCCCUGGUUGUGUGACUGUCAGAUCUCCAUGGUGGUGUCCCUGUCUCUUACCCUGGGCAGUCCAGUGGUUCUCAUGGACCAGGUCCUGAUGUGCAGCCGGUCUCUGGGUCAGUCCGGGAUCCUGAUGAUGCAGACGGAGGCCUUCCGCUGUAUGAGACCGUCUGUUCAGCCGGCAGCCACCACCGUCAUCAGCCCACUGGGAAGUAACGUCAUCCUGCGCUGUGACGCCACCGGGUACCCAACCCCCACACUGAGCUGGAUUAGAACAUCUGCACACACAGACUGCUGCCAACAGCAGAUUGUUGAGAACGCUGAAGAACUGCCUCAGAGUUUGCAGAGUUUUAUGCAGGAAACUCCUCGGGUGGGACUGCGCUGGUCGAUAAUCAGUCUGAACGGACUUUCAUAUAAGGAUGCAGGUGAAUACCGGUGCCAGCGCGGAUAUGGCAGGACUAUCAGAGGCCCCCAUUAA